UAGACGGUGCAAAAAAAGAAAAGAAAAGAAUACGUGAAGAGCGGUUCGGGUUGCAACAGAGCCGCAGCAUGCUGUACUGUUGGGGCGACGGCUCUGACGGCCAGCUAGGGCUGGGCGAGGAAGGCGUCUCCGAGCCGGUCUUUUUCCGUCAGGGUCCCCAAACUCUGCGCCAAGAGGUGAUGCAGGCGGCUUGCGGGGAGCGGCACACGUUGCUGCUUCACGCCGACGGCAGCGUGGUUUCUUGCGGGGACAAUGGCCAGGGGCAGCUGGGCAGACGGCUUCCCUCGGGGCGGCGGCGCUGCUACGUGCCAGAACAAAUCCAAGCAUUGGAAACACAGACUGUUGUCCAUGUAAGCUGUGGGAAGGAACAUUCAUUGGCUGUUUGCAACAGUGGAAAUGUUUUUUCUUGGGGUGCUGGUGCUUUUGGGCAGCUGGGCACCGGAGCAUUUAAAGAAAAUUUCAUUCCAAAGAAAAUAGUUUAUUUAUCCAAAAUAAUACAAAUUGCUUGUGGACACUACCAUUCAGUAGCACUGGCAGAAGAUGGCAGAGUUUUCUCAUGGGGGCAAAACACCCACGGCCAGUUGGGGCUUGGUAAAGGCGACUCUUCCAAAGCACAGCCGCAGCACGUUGCUGCUCUGGAUGGCAUCCCGCUGGCUCAGGUGGCUGCUGGUGGGGCCCAUAGUUUUGCCCUCUCCCUUAGUGGAGUUGUGUACGGAUGGGGAAGGAACCAAGCACGUCAGCUGGGCUUGAGUCAGACUGACCCAAAAGAACAAAUCUUCAAGCCACGCUCAGUAGGUGCUCUGAAGAACCUUGAUGUGACGUAUAUUAGCUGCGGAGAUGAACAUACUGCUGUUCUCACCCAGAACGGCAGCAUCUUCACGUUUGGAGAUAACACUGCUGGACAAUUGGGACAUAGCACUUCAAUUCAAAAGGCCGGUCCUCAAAAAGUUGACUGGAUUGAUGGUCCAGUUUCCCAUCUGGCAUGUGGAAGCUAUCACACUCUUGUUUACAUCUCUGCUUCUGGCCAGCUUAUAUCUUUUGGGCGUGGACCUCUGCAGCACGACAGAAAUGGAACAUCUGAUAGCAAACAGGACGAGACACCAAGAAUUAACAUCAGUGCUCUUGUUUCACCUAGUGACCUAUUCGGCAUCCAAAUAAAACAGAUUUUUGCUGGAACAUAUGUCAACUUUGCCAGAACUUUUCAGACUUCUGCAAAUGCAAGCAAAUCUUCUCAUAUGGAAGCCCUGCCAAAGAUUAGCCGUAUGGACAGGUCGCUGAUUGAGACAUGGAUAUCUACGGGCACUGAAGACCGUCAUAAGGCUCGGAGAGAAAUAGAAGCAAUCUUUUCCUCUCCUCCUUGUUUAACAGCAAGCUUUUUAAGAUCAGGAUCUCCUCUGGAGGGUAGCUGUUGUAUAGCAGUGGAUCUGCAAAAGGCAAGAGAAGCAUUUGUGGAGCUUGCCAAAAGGAAUUGGAUUUCUGAGAUGAUCAUUUCCUGUCUGGUGAAUCACCUGAUUCCUGCUCUCCCGCUGGAUUCUCCUCACCAAGAGGCUUUUUCUGCUUUCCUCCUGCUACCUCAGUGCUUGGAGGCUUUUUCGAGCUUCCCUUCAGGGAAUCUGCAUUACAUGGGGGUGCCUUUUGCAAAAGCCGUUGUCAGACUGAGCAAGCGCUCUUCAGGCAUCCUUGAAAAAUACUGGUCAUUGUUGCCAGACUCAUUUUUAGACCGAAUCGUUCAGAUGCUGAAAAAGGUCGUGUUAUCUCAGGUCGCCAAUUACUACUUUUACCCCCAGUGCCUGGAAUUGAUACCUCCCCUCCAAGUGCUUAAAAGGCUAUAUAAGGUAAACAAGAUGGCAAAUUGCAAGCUCCCAUUGAGCAACUUCUACAUAGAUGAAAUCGGUCAAAGGAUCGAUACCCUUGCCGACUUAACAAACUGGCACGUAUGGAUCGAAAGGGGUGAAGAAGAGCGCUCCAUGUCUUUCUGCCGUUUUCCUUUUGUCUUCAACCUGCUGACCAAGAUCCAAGUCUUUUACCUGAAGCCGUACGUCACACAAGAGAUGAUAAAGUUAGAUGCUAAUUUGAAACGGCUAAAUAACAUUCUGUCGAGAAAUAGUGAUCUUCCAAAGCUUCCUGUUUUUAUUUUGAAAGUCCGACGCCAGAACCUUGUUGAAGACACUUUGCGCAAACUGAGCAGGGUGGAGGACAUCUGCCUGAAAAUGCAGCUGUUAAUUAAAUUUGAAGUAGAGAUGCCCGGAGCUGAAGGUGCAGGCAUUUUGCUGGAGUUCUUUUCAUAUGUGUUUGAGGAGAUGGUGCGGCCAGAGUACAAAAUGUUUGUGUACUGCGAGGACAAUUCCCCAAUGUGGUUCCCUUCCAGGCCUUCAGUAGAGAAGAAUAAAUAUUUCCUCUUUGGAGUCCUGUGCGGGCUUUGCAUGGCCAACAGAGUCACGGCCUACAUUCCUUUCCCGCUUGCUGCCUUUAAAAAACUGCUUAACAAGAAACCCUCCCUCGACGAUUUGAAAGAGCUGAAUCCAGUCAUUGGCAAGAGCUUGCAGGCAGUUCUAGACUAUGAGUAUGACGACAUUGAGGAAAACCUUCAGCAGUGUUACUCUAUAUUCUGGGACGACAUGGAAGUAGAGCUAAUUCUGAAUGGCAGGUCAAUCACUGUGAACAAUAAAAACAAGAAGGAUUUUGUCAACAGGUAUGUGGAUUACGUCUUCAACAAAUCGGUGGAUGAAGUUUUCAAGGAAUUCAGAAGAGGGUUCUACAAAGUCCUUGAUGAACCGGUAGUUGGUUUCUUUGAGCCUCAAGAACUGAUGGAGGCAGCAAUUGGAAAUGCGAAUUACGAUUGGGACUUGUAUGAGAAGAAUACAAAGUACGGUGAAAUGUACAGCGCCACACAUCACUCCAUAAAGAUGUUCUGGAAGGUUUUCCAUGAGCUAACUUUGGCAGACAAAAAAGGCUUUUUGUUAUUUGUUACCGGAAGUGACCGGGUACCUGCCAUGGGAAUGGACGCCUUGAAGUUGGUCAUUCACUCGCACACUUUGCUUACAGAAGAUCAUAUCCCUGAAGCCCAGAUCUGCUAUCAUAUUUUAUUCCUGCCACCUUAUUCAACAAUAGAGAAACUGAAGGAGAAACUUCUGCAGGCUAUUGAGAAUAAUCAGGGCUUUGGGAAAUGGAUUGCGCUCUGCGCACCUGAAAUGUCCUUGCUGCAGCACUGUGACGCCAGGAUAAAUCGGUUCAGGCUUUCAGAUGCCACAAGACUCUUGGUCGGUUUUGCUGCAACGCGAUUUAACCCGGCUGCCCCACCGCCUUUGGAAACGGCCACAGCCUUUGCUAGCCUUAUGAAGGGCCAGCUGCCUACCUACAAGAUGCCCAGGCGGGUCCUCAGAAGUAAGAGGGGCGCUCAGAUGCCCAGAAGUAAGGGGGUCGCUCAGAUGCCCAGAAGUAAAGGGGGUGCUCAGGUGGACCUCCAACCGGACUCGCCACCCUCUUCAACAUCGCACUCCAGAGCCUCGCUGCAGCUGUUCCCCCAGGGGGGGUACCACCCCGGCUUCUCCAGAGAGGACCCCAGAGGCAUCCGCCAGAUCAGCUGCAAAAACGGCUGCCUAGCCAUAGUGAAGACAGACAGGACGGUGGUGGUUUUUGGACGAACAGAGGAGAAGAACGGAGGGUGCCAGAGCCCCACCAGGCGUCCCAAGCACAUCAGAUUAAAGAAGAAGGCCAGGGUGGAUUUACUGGACUGUGAAGAAUCUCAUCUACUUAUUCUUUCAUCAGAAGGGAAACUUUCUGAGCACAGUAUUGCAUCUGGAGGUGUUAAAUCAGAGCCAAGACUGCUGAAAGAACUGGGAGACAGGCGAAUCAUUCAAAUUGCAUGUGGCGACCAUCAUUCCCUGGCACUUUCAAAAGGAGGAGAGCUCUUCGCCUGGGGUCAGAAUGAACAUGGCCAGCUUGGAGUGGGAACCGACUUCAACUCCGUUAAGGAACCGCAGCUGGUGUGUGAGCUUGUAGGCCUUCCUUUGGCCAAGAUUGCAGCUGGAUCAUCUCACAGCCUGGCCCUCUCUGUGUUUGGGGACGUCUAUUCUUGGGGAAAGAAUGAUUUCGGACAACUGGGCCUCGGAGACACAGAAGGGAGAUACAUCCCUACAUGUGUGAAGGCUUUAGAGCAUAAGAUGACAGCGUUCAUUUCAUGUGGCGGAGAGCACACUGCAGUUCUCUCAAAGGACGGACUAGUCUGUACCUUUGGAGCUGGCAGCCACGGACAGCUUGGCCACAACGCGACACGCAACGAGCUCUACCCACGUCUGGUGGCGGAGCUGUUUGGGGCUCGGGUGUCUCAAGUGGCUUGUGGAAGGUGGCACACUCUUGUCUAUGUCCCAGACCUGGGGGAAGUCUACUCUUUCGGCCGAGGAGCAGAAGGGCAGCUUGGACAGGAAGAUAACUGUGACCGACAGAUACCCCUUCCUCUUGGCUUGACUGUGAAUGGCAAACAAUUCAACCGAGGAAGUGCUUCGGAAGAAGAGGUUAAGAUCAUUGCUGGAGAGAACCAAAGUAUUGUGCUGCUUUUAAAGGAAAAGAAUUCGUAUGCAAAUUUAAACCGAACGCUUGCCAGAGUGGAGGAAGAAAAGGUCAGCAAGUGGCUAUCUAACGUGGAUUCAAAAUGCUGGCAGAACAUGGAACAGGAUGUCAACUUGAUCUUCUCAUCAGUGGCUUGCAUCAAUGGAAGCUUUCUGGAAAAGAGUAGUGAGAAACAUUUCAGAACAUCUUGGACAGUUGCAGAUGUGGAUAUGUCAGCUGUGUUUCUUUUCUGUGAGAAGAUCACUGCUAAGCCCAAACUCUUCACAGUGGUGAUAAAUGCUCUUAAGAAGCUCCUGCAGUCUCUCCCUUCAUUUUCUGACUCUUUUGCCUCUCCUGAAAGACUCAGAGUCUUCCUCAUCAUACCCAUCCUCGUACAGAGGCAGGAUAUCAAGUCGGAUUAUCUCCUUAGUCAACUAGCAGAAGCCAUCUGUUGCCUUCCACAGAAAGGCAAGCAAAUUCUUGGAUCUCUGUGGUCUAAUCUAGAGGUCGCCUUCUUCAAAGAUCUAGUGGGCUUGUAUCAAUGGCUCGUCAGUGUCAAGGUAUCUUCUAUUGUAAAACAUCUGAGAUCUUUAGAAGAGCUAGAUCACUUCACUUACCCUCUUCAAGUCCUGCAGAUGCUGUAUGAGGUAAAUUGCAAAAUUGGCUGCAGAAUCCAGGAAAGCAACUUUUAUGUCCAUGAAUUGAAAAAAAUGCUGAGUCCUCCAAGUUUGAAUCACACACAAAAUGAAGAACAACUGAGGAGAAGAAUACUUUCAAAGACAUAUGAAGUAAUGUUGCCUUUGGAGCUACUCACCCAGUUCCCUUGCAUCUUUGAGAUGGAAGCUAAGGUUUUGGCAUUUCAAUGUGAAUGCACCAUGUGGCAUCUCUUAAACGACGUGGAAAUCUUUGAUAUGAUCAGUCUGCUUCACGUGAACAGAGAACAUCUGAUUCAGAAUGCCUGGCAGUAUCUAAGAAGAGCAGAUGCAGAGCAGUUUCAGAAAUUCCUUAAAGUGCAUUUUGUAGGAGAAGCAGGAGUAGAUGAUGGAGGCCUGUCACAAGAAUUCUUUGAAAUCCUCAGAAGGGAACUAUGUGCUCCAAAAACACGGAUAUUCAGGCACUUUGAAGACUCACAACUGAUUUGGUUCUCCAGACAGGUUCCAGCAGAGGAAGACAUAUAUUUUCUAAUCGGGAACCUGUUUGGAAUGGCGCUCUUUAAUUCGAAGAUAGCUGCCUUCCCUUUCCCUCUUGCUCUGUUCAAAAUGAUGGCAAAUAUUCAGCCGACUCUGGAAGAUUUAAAAGAGCUCUCUCCUGCUGAAGGAAGUAAUCUUCAGGCACUUCUGGAUGAACAUUCUGAUGACAUCAUUGAAAGCGCGAUGCUGAAUUUCACAGUAAUAGAAGGACAUGAAGGAUCCAUAGUAGAGAUUGAACUGAAAGAAAAUGGCGCCAAAAUUCCUGUCACUAAGUACAACAGAAAAGAAUACGUUGAUGCUUACGUGAAUUACCUAUUCAAUGAUUCAGUGAAGAAGCAGUUUGGGGAUUUUAUGCAUGGAUUUGAAAGAGGCUGCCCAACUGAAAGGUGGAAAUGCUUCCUUCCCUCUGAGCUCAGACUUGUUCUGUCUGGACAUGCAAAAUACAACUGGGAACAACUAGAAAAGAAUGCCAAGUAUGUCCAUUACAAAAAGUCAGAUGAAACAAUCGAGCAUUUUUGGGCUGUAUUUCAUGACCUUCCAGAGGAAAACAAGAAGGAUUUUCUCGCUUUCCUCACAGGCACCGAUCACAUUCCAGCCCAAGGGAUGGAGACGGUCACAUUCACUAUUCAGGAUUUAAGGAAAGAAGAUCCAGACCUGUGGUGUCCUGAAGCCUCUACUUGCUUUCGAAUCUUGCGCCUGCCCAGAUACACUGACAGAGACGUUCUUGAGAAAAUGCUCCUGCGUGCUCUGGAGUUCAAUGAAAAAUUUGGUCUUUCCUAAAGCCCGGAAGUAGUUUCUGGUUAUACUUAAUCUGAAACUGUGGUCAUUUUCCAUCUAACCCUUCUGCUCACUGAAAAGUUCCCCAACACGAUGUAAUGAUGUCAGAGGAAUCUAUUUGGGGAGGGUGACACUCGACAACAUUUCCUUGGUUCAGCCUCCUGGGCUUUGGUCCACUAAGAAGCUUGAUGCAGUCUGCAUUGAGUCAGGCCAGUUUGUGGAUUUUCCACAUUUAUUAAGUUGUGGAAAUUGAGGUUGAAUUUAGGGCAGGUUUGAGAAACGGAUUUCCCAGUGAUGGACAGCCCUAUUGACACAUGCUUCUCCCAGAGAGAGUAGACCUUUUUGUGUCCCCCCCAGCCAGUGUGGUGUAAUGGCCAGAGUACAUCUGUGGAGAGACCUGGGUUCAAAUCCCACACACACAGACAUGAAGCUCAAUGAAGGACAUUAUUCUCUCCCAGCCUGACCUACCUCACAGGGUUGUUGUGAGGAUAAAAUGUGAAUGGGGCCAUCUGGGCUGCCUCAAGAUCCUUGAAGACAAAUUAAUAUAUUUUCAAACAACA